ACGUCCUAAAGCGUAUUUCAUUGAGAAAGACGGAGUAUUGCAGUUAACAUAUUUGACUGCAAUGUUACACCUGCCGCAGGAUGUUGUCUCUAGAUCUGGAAACUGACACUGCGGAGGACACAGCGCCUAGCUCCCCUGAUGGUGGCGCGGAGACACCGGCCACUCUCGAUGUGCUGGAAGAGCAAUGGCCAAUAAAGCAGUCCCUGAGUGCCUCUAUGUGCCGCGAGACGCACUGGCGUUGCCUUCUCCUUUCCUUGCUCAUGUAUAGCUGCCUCGGUGCCGUGGCCUGGUGUCAGCUCACCCAGGUCACCAAGCUGAGCUUCGAUUCCUCCAGUACUUCCCUCACAGCCUCAAUGAACUCUCUUAGAGGAGGUCGCUCCAUGAUAUACCACGAGAGCCCUUGCUCUGACGGUUAUGUGUACAUCCCCUUGGCCUUCCUGCUCAUGCUCUACGCCGUUUACCUUAUGGAGUGCUGGCACUGUCGCGCCCGCAGCGAGUUGCAGUGCAAGGCCAACGUUGAGAGCGUGUACGAAAGGGUUCUGCGCAUGCGUCAAGCCCGACCGUGCGUCUGGUGGAAAGCCAUCAGUUACCAUUUUGUACGUAGGACUCGGCAAGUGACGCGUUACAGGAAUGGAGAUGCCUACACAACCACGCAGGUUUUUCAUGAGCGUGUUAACACGCACGUGGCAGAGGGCGAAUUCGACUACAGCCGCUGCGGAAUGAGAGACGUCUCACGAAAUUUGCGCGGACUGGAGGGUCACGCAGCGACGCGAUUGCAUUUCUCCAAGUGCUUCAGCUUCGCAGGAGCGGGUCCUGAAAAUUCAUACCUCAACCAGCGAGCCAGGUUCUUCUCGGAAAUCGAGGGUUUGGACGACUACAUGGAAGCCAGAGAAGGCAUGCUUCUGAAGAAUGUCGACUUUAAAGAGCACCUCAUCGCUUAUGUGGAUCCCGAUCAACUCCCGUGGUACACCUCGCGGGUCACCUUCUGGAUAGCGGCUCUCCUCAUGCUCUCCUGGCCACUGCGAGUGCUAAUCGAGUACCGGACGGCGUUUGUGCACUACCAAGUCGAGAAACUCUUCGGACUAGAGUAUAGCAACAACAGCCCGUCUCCAGAGGCUGAUGCCACCGUGUUGGACACUCGCUAUGGCCUUCCAAGAGUAGAAACGGUGGAUAGUACGGAGCUGGAAUGGCACAUUCGUUCAAACCGCCAGCUUAUACCCAGCUACUCGGAAGCCAUGCUGAUGAACCUGGGGGCUUCUGGGUCAAACCACAGAGACAGCAUUUCCUCCAAUCGAUUGCUGUUGGACAGCUGCUCAACGCAGAGCUACGGGACGUUGGUGCAGAACUGUGAGCACUGUUGCCAAGAAGAAGGCGACCGAAGACAGCCAACGAUCAGCUCUAGCUGUUCCUCCAUCUUUUCUCGGCACACCUUCCACUCCCGUUUGUCCCUGGACACCUCGCACUUCUCGUUGUGCCGCAUGUACGGCUCCAGGCGCACUAUGGGACUGUGGAGAAGCCGUAGUAGUACACUUACAGAGCGCUGCUGCCCUGAUGAGCAGUGCUGCAGGUCUUACACCAGUCAGCUUGCCCUUAAUGACAGCCCGCCGAAUUACCAAGACGCUCGCUUCUUCCCAGUCCUCAUAGUACAUCGGCCUGAGGGCUGUGGGGACUCCUCAGAGGUGAGGAGUUAUUAUGUUCGUAGAGACUCCUGUUGUGUGGAGACUUCGGUUUAAAGUGUCUUGAACUUGUCAGGACUUGAACUUGACUAUUUCAGUGAUAGAAAAGGUUCGUUAAACAUCAUUAUUUGCACUACGCAGAAAGUGGCCAACAUGGCUUUUUCAUUUAGAGGAAUUGCUUGGCGUCGAACUGAUGAAGUGUGUUCUCAUGAAAUAUAUCUCUAAAAGCUAACUUUGACGAGCAGGACGAGGCCGAGGGCCGUGAGAGAGCGGUGCGCUCUCGGCCUAGUCCUGCUCGCCACACUAACACAUGCUAAAUUAUAAAUGUAGCGUAUUCAGGCCAGCAUUGAAGACUGUUUUGUUUACAUUUUGAUUUAAAUUAAAGGGCUGGAUUGGAAUUAUCAACCAUUAAUUGACACUGGUUAUUAACGGUUGGCUGACAAAUGUCAGUUAAAUUUAUAUAUAUAUAUUUAAUUUUUUUAUUAAUAAUACAGAUGUUUUGAUGUUUUAUCAAAUUAAUUUAUCAAAGCUUGAGAAAAAGAUUAGCAUUCCUAUGAUUAUUAAAGACUACAAAUAUUUAUUUGUUAAAUAAAAGAAAUUGGAAUAUCCCUAAAUCUUUAAAUAAAAAUAGAUUUUAAUACAUUCUUUAAAAGUUUGUAACCUUUACUGAUAUCUUUUUGGAUAUUUUAUAUUUCUUUUAUCAUUAGUAGUUGUUUUUGUGUUAUUUUGUUAAUGCUGCUGAUCCAUUGAAUGAAUAUGUUGGCAUCAAAUAAUUGUAUGAUGUUCAGUUUAUAUAAGCUACGGUUGCAUGGCAAUUUGCUCACAUUGUUUCAAAGAAGCAGGUGAUCUAUGUAUGCAGCUUGUUGGAUACUGUCCCUCUGAAGAGAUUUCCAGAAAGAGCAAUAUGGUCCUUCACACCUUGGUAUAUCAAUGUGUCCCUGUGACAGAAGACAUCACAUUCAAAAUACAUCGGCUCAUAAAAUGAGUUUAAUGAGAGAGACUCAUCAUAUCUAGCAAUUCCCCUUUAAAGUGAAUGUAAUGGCCUGACCUGUAUGUUUGAAGGUUGUGAGAAAGACAAGAAAUGCUGUUGAAAUGGCAGUGACUGUUAAAAAAAUAGUGCAGAAUAAAAUUGCAC